GACCAUUGGCUGGCGAGCUGGCUGCGCAGGGGCGGGGAGCGCCGCCGAAGGGGACUGUUUGCUCCUACGGGCUGUAGAUGGAGCUGUCCGGCCCCGGCGAGGGGGAAGGCGCCUGGAAAACGUUCUUCUUCUCCCUGGCCGGCCCGAGCGGGGAACAGCACUCCCAGGAUGCAGUUUGUGUCAACACGGCCGCAGCCUCAGCAGCUGGGCAUCCAGGGCCUGGGGCUGGACAGCGGGAGCUGGAGCUGGGCCCAGGCUCUGCCCCCGGAGGAGGUCUGCCACCAGGAGCCGGCGCUGCGCGGGGAAAUGGCCGAGGGAAUGCCGCCCAUGCAGGCUCAAGAGUGGGACAUGGAUGCCCGGCGACCAAUGCCUUUUCAGUUCCCGCCCUUCCCAGACAGGGCACCUGUCUUCCCUGACCGCAUGAUGAGAGAGCCCCAGCUGCCUACGGCAGAGAUCUCACUCUGGACCGUGGUGGCUGCCAUUCAGGCCGUGGAGAGGAAGGUGGAUGCCCAGGCCAGCCAGCUGCUCAAUCUGGAGGGGCGGACAGGGACGGCCGAGAAGAAGCUGGCGGACUGCGAGAAGACGGCCGUGGAGUUCGGGAACCAUAUGGAGAGCAAGUGGGCCGUGCUGGGGACCCUGCUGCAGGAGUACGGGCUGCUCCAGAGGCGGCUGGAGAACAUGGAGAACCUGCUGAGAAAUAGGAACUUCUGGGUCCUGAGGCUGCCCCCGGGCAGCAAGGGGGAGGUCCCCAAGGUUCCUGUGACGUUCGUCGACAUCGCUGUUUACUUCUCUGAGGAUGAGUGGAAGAACUUGGACGAGUGGCAGAAGGAGCUUUACAACAACCUUGUGAAGGAGAACUACAAAACCCUGAUGUCCCUGGACACGGAGGGUACAGUGCCCAAGCCAGAUGCUCCGUCCCAGGUGGAGCCCAGGGAAGAGCCUUGCGUGUGGGAGCAGCGUGACCCAGAAGAGAGAGAAAUUCUCAUGGAUCCAGACACAGGAGCAGAGCCCCUGGUGCCUGCCCAGGAUUCGUCCUCGCAGGUGAAGCGGGAGGAAGCCCUUUGUGUCCGGAGUCAGCGGGGCCUGGAGGAAAGAGCCAUCCCCACAGAGUCCAUUACUGACUCACCGGCCUCUGCCCAGGACCUCUUGUCCCGGAUUAAACAGGAGGAGCACCCGUGCGUAUGGGAUCAGCAGGAUCUGGCAGAGAGAGAUAUUCCAACGGACCCCAAUUCAGAGUCUCUGAUCUCAGCGCAUGACAUUCUGUCAUGGAUCAAGCAGGAGGAGCAGCCAUACCCAUGGGGCCCCCGCGAUUCCAUGGAAGGAGAGCUCGGACUAGAUUCUGGCCCCAGUGAUGUUCUGUCGCGGCAGCCUCUUGCCCGUCUGUAUCAAGGCACUAUCCCCUUUCCUUCCGGAGGAUGGCAGGCUUGGGACGGGUCAGGGUCGAGGAACCCCAGAGCCAUAGGGAACGUGGCCGCUGGCCUGGCUCAGCCCCCUCAGUUUUCAGAGAAACUGAGGCCCAGAUUGCCCACGACUCGCCCGAAGCCACGGGGGAAAUCCAUCAAGGNGGCCGGGGACGCGGGCGGGGGCCCCGAGGGCGGCGGCGGCUGCGGCAGCUGUUGCCCGGGUGGCCUGCGGCGGAGCCUGCUCUUGCACGGCGCGCGCAGCAAGCCCUACUCGUGCCCCGAGUGUGGCAAGAGUUUCGGCGUGCGCAAGAGCCUCAUCAUCCACCACCGCAGCCACACCAAGGAGCGGCCGUACGAGUGCGCCGAGUGCGAGAAGAGCUUCAACUGCCACUCGGGCCUCAUCCGCCACCAGAUGACGCACCGCGGCGAGCGGCCCUACAAGUGCUCCGAGUGCGAGAAGACCUACAGCCGCAAGGAGCACCUGCAGAACCACCAGCGGCUGCACACGGGCGAGCGGCCCUUCCAGUGCGCGCUCUGCGGCAAGAGCUUCAUCCGCAAGCAGAACCUGCUCAAGCACCAGCGCAUCCACACGGGCGAGCGGCCCUACACGUGCGGCGAGUGCGGCAAGAGCUUCCGCUACAAGGAGUCGCUCAAGGACCAUCUGCGCGUGCACUGCGGCGGCCCGGGGCUCGGCGCCCCUCGGCCGCUGCAGGCGCCACCCGAGCACGACUAGGGCUGGGCUGGGGGAGGGGAGGGCCCGGCGGCAGGAGCAGGGGAUGGGGGGGGGCGGGCCUGGAGAGGCGGCCGGAGCACCCCUGAUCCUGCCCAUGGUUCUCGGCGCGCCUUCCCUCCCUCUGCCUGCCACCUGCUGGAAAUUGGGAAGAGGAAUUGCACUCCAGACAGGGCCCCCCAAGGGUUGGACAGGGGUCCCCUAGACCUGUACGGCCUGAAUGGAUGGCCAGCUCAUCUCAUAGGGUAGACCGAGGGGCCGGCUGAGCAUCUGCCCCCAGGGAAGGUGCCAGAACGAACAGUGAGGAGGCGAGAGGCUUCGGGCAUCCCCCUCAGACACCUAGCGUGCCCGUUGGGCCACUGGAGUCACAGUUUGUGAUCGGGGAAGCAACGAGGGAGUCUCCGAAGCCCUCUGAGAUAAACAAGACCCUAAGGUUACGAGAUGCUGAGUAAGGAAGGAGAAGUGUGACUGGGAGAUGAGGGAUGAGCUGAGGGGUAACAUCUCCGAUGACAGCACUGCCUCGCGUUCUAAUAGCGCUUUAUACUUUUUUAAACGUGUUUUCUAUCCGUUAUCCGUUUUUACCCUUAGCCUGUCCCUCUGAGGUACGUGGGGUAGGAUUGUCCCUACUGAGAAAAGAGACCCAGGUGGAUGGUUUACCAGGAUCACACAUGAAGAGAGCCGCAGGGCUGGGACCAGGGCUCCUGACCCCAGCGCAGUGUCCCCCACCACACACACUGCCUACCUCCCAUGUCUGAGAGACUUCUCUGGCCUGGCCUCUCUUGGUCUCUCUCCUGUCUCCUUCCCCUGAGCCACCAAAAACUGAGAAGCAGCAGGGAGCCAACUGCUGGGGUUUCUGGGGGUUGGGGAACCGGUCAGCUACACAAUGCCCUGGGUUGUGCAUCUGAAAGGCUCUUCCUUUGUAGGCGUUCCUGGGCAGUAGGUCCCCUCCCCCAGCCUGUCCUUCCCACCUCCAGUCCUUCAAUCUGGUGCAGCAUCUUUUCACUGCGCGUAGUGACCCGGCCCUCCAGAGGCAGCUGGUGCCCUGGGUCAGACCUCACUUUGUUGAUUUAUUCCAGUUUCCCCCAGGGCAAAGGGGUGCAGAAGAGGCUCCCGCUGCUGGAGCAUCCGGCAAGGCAGGGAGUCUUCCCAGGAGGGCCGGGCGAGUGGGUGCUAGAGUCUGAGAGCCUCAGUCCCCUGCCCUGGGCCUCCCAGCUGGUGCUAUCUGUUAACCGACCAUGCUCAAGGACAUGGACACAGUCCCUACUCGGCCCCAGGCCCUGCAGGCGCCUCGGGAGGCGCCCAAAGGACUCCCUUGAGUUGGUGCAACUGCUCCAUGGUCCUGAGGGGCCAUGGUCUCCAUUUCUGCAUCUUGCAUGACCAGGCACUGGGAUGGGGUGGCGCGCCCCAAGACCCUUGUUUGUGUCAAGAAUGACUUUUCCUGCUCCUCCCAUUGAUCCUGCUUCUCUCCCAGUUCAGGGAGCACGGUGGGCAGCCGGCAGCGGCACCACGUUUGUGAGCAUUCUGCUUCCACCCUUCCCCUCAUCGGUGCCGCUCUGCUUUCCUCAGACCCCUUUUUGCCAUGCAAAGGGAAUUCUCGAAAUUAAAUAAACGGUGUCCAGAUUGCA